UACACCUGUUCCAUCGUACAGUACUCUUAUUUUUUUCUCUAUAUUUUAAAUACUGCUAUGUUGCAAGGAAUAUAUAGGAAAUGAUGAGGUGGACGAUUUGGAUACUUGUGGGCAUUUUAUACCGGGUGCUCAGCAAUGCUGCUGCAACAACCACGGAAAAUCCAACAGCUCCAGAAACCGAAACUAUGGAACAAGAAACAGCAACUAUAUCUAUUCUAGUACUAGUGAAUACGACAACUUCAGGAGCACUGCAGAACACUACGUCUGCCAAUGUUUUUACAUCAGCAACAGCAACUGAGGCACCUCCUCAAGAAUCAAACAGUACCACUUCCACAACCUCAACUGGAGUACAGACCUCAGCAUCUACCACAGUUCCAACAUCAGAGACAACAUCAGGGCAAACAUCUAUAAAAGAUACAGAGAGCAGCACAUCUCUUCCUGUGGAAAUAUCAACCACUAGUUUCAAUGCUAUUCCUACAACAGAGACAACAUCAGGGGAAACAUCUACUAAAGAAACACAGAGCAGCGCAUCUCCUCCUGAGGAAAUAUCAACCACUAGCCUGAAUGCAAUUCAUACAACAGAAACAACAUCAGGGCAAACAUCUACUAAAGAAACACAGAGCAGUGCAUCUCUUCCUGAGGAAAUAUCAACCACUAGCCUGAAUGCAAUUCCUACAACAGAAAAAGCAUCAACAAAAAUAGUCAUUCAAGAAAACGAAAGUACCACAUAUAGUCCUUCAAGUACACCAAGCUCUACUUUUACAACAGUUAGUGCAUCAAUUUCAGAAACAGCAUCAACAGAAACAAGCAUUCAGGAAACAGAAAGCACAACAUCUCCAUCUCAAAGUACAUUAAGUUCUCCUCCAGUUCCUGUUACUACAGCAGAAACAACAUCAGGGCAAACAUCUACUAAAGAAACACAGAGCAGUGCAUCUCUUCCUGAGGAAAUAUCAACCACUAGCCUGAAUGCAAUUCCUACAACAGAAAAAGCAUCAACAAAAAUAGUCAUUCAAGAAAAAGAAAGUACCACAUAUAGUCCUUCAAGUACACCAAGCUCUACUUUUACAACAGUUAGUGCAUCAAUUUCAGAAACAGCAUCAACAGAAACAACCAUUCAAGAAACAGAGAGUACCACAUCUCCAUCUCAAAGUACAUUAGGCUCUACUCCUGUUCCUGUUACUAUGGAAGAAAAAGCAUCAACAGAAACAACCAUUCAAGAAACAGAUAGUACCACAUCUCCAUCUCAAAGUACAUUAGGCCCUACUCCUGUUCCUGUUACUACGGCAGAAAAAGCAUCAACAGAAACAACCAUUCAAGAAACAGAAAGUACCACAUCUCCAUCUCAAAGUACAUUAGGCCCUACUCCUGUUCCUGUUACUACGGCAGAAAAAGCAUCAACAGAAGCAACCAUUCAAGAAAUAGAAAGUACCACAUCUCCAUCUCAAAGUACAUUAGGCUCUACUCCUGUUCAUGUUACUACAGCAGAAAAAGCAUCAACAAAAAUAGUCAUUCAAGAAAAAGAAAGUACCACAUAUAGUCCUUCAAGUACACCAAGCUCUACUUUUCCAACAGUUAGUGCAUCAAUUUCAGAAACAGCAUCAACAGAAACAACCAUUCAAGAAACAGAAAAUACCACAUCUCCAUCUCAAAGUACAUUAGGCUCUACUCCUGUUCCUGUUACUACGGCAGAGACAACAUCAGGACAGACAUCUGUUAAAGAAACACAGAGCAGCACACCUCUUCCUGUGGAAAUAUCAACCACUGUUUUGAAUGCUAUUCCUACAACAGAGCCUCCUACAACAAUAAAAACAACAACUAUUGCCCAGAAAACAGAGAGCAGUGCAUCUCCAGUACCAGGAAUAUCAAGAACAACCUCUACAAAUACAACCAUGCCAGCAACAGAGUUUCCUACAACAAUAGAAACAACAACAACAACAACAACAACAACAACAACAGCAACUAUUGCCCAGAAAACAGACAGCAGUGCAUCUCCAGUACCAGGAAUAUCAAGCAUAACCUCUACAAAUACAACCGUGCCAGCAACAGGUUUGAGACUUUCAUCCCUCACCUCCUUCGCAGGACCUGUGACAUCUGGUACAACAGCGUUCCGUGUGUUAUCCCAAUCUGCCAUGUUUCCUAUGUCUUCAACGAUCUUUGCUACCAUUCCAAUCUCUACAUCAGCGUGUCCUGUAAUAAAUAUGCAAAAUCUUGGAGGGAUAAUAGUUACAGAGAAGCGGAAUACCAGCUUUUCCAUAAAGUGGUCAGAUAACAUUACUUCUACUUGCACCAACUAUACAGUCACCAUACUUCCUGAGGAAACUUUCAUUUGCCAGUUUAAUUUCUCCAUUAACACCUGCUACUUUUACAGCCUUACACCUGGACAAACCUACACAGUCCAAAUAGCAAACAGAGGUGUAUUGAUUCAUUCAGUGAAUAUCACAACAGAACCAGGACUUGUGUCGGAUGUUUCCUUUCUGGCAAAUGAAACAACAAAUACAUCAGUUACUGUCAGAUGGUCAGCUGCCCAAGGAAUUGUUGAAUACUACCUGGUCACAAUAAGUAACAAUUCCGUGCCUUUGAAAAUGGACCUGACUAUUUAUCCAAGUACAAAUUUACAUGCUCAGUUUAAAACACUACAGCCUGGAUAUAGCUAUAUGUUUGUAAUUAAAACUGUAACCACUGGAAAUGUUUCCAACAAUGGAGUGUUGGCUUGGCAGAAUACAGAUACUGAUGAAUGUAGCCUUACUGUUAAGAAAUGUGACCAGAUAUGCACUGAGCGAAAUCGAUUUGAAGUGACCCAAGGGUACGAGUGCAGCUGCCGUCCUGGAUUUACACUCAAGGCUGACAAAGCUAGUUGCCAACGUUAUUCUGAGGAGGCAAGUGUUCCUGUAACAGUGAAAUCUGUCCAUGAAUUAUAUGGUCAGUUUUCACAAGCAGUAUCUGAAUGA